AUGGACACCACUCUGCCUGAUGCCUUUGCCCCGGCACCUAUAAGCUCCUCAGUUGGAUAUGGAAUAAACGACACCUUAGCUGGUGCUGCGGGUGGGGAGACAACUGCGUCUCGGAUCAGAGUUGAUGAGCCUCCCAAACUCGAUCUUGAGCCAUACAUUGACAAUUACACUGGCCGGACCCGCUUCCAUCGUCUAUAUCUCAUCGGCACUACCUCCACCGUGCUCGCGGUCGAUGCUUUAAAACAGGCUGUUGCUGAAGCUAAAUCUGGCAAAGAUAUUGCGCUGUAUGAAAAAGCAGUCCGCGCCCUGGUGGAGGUCGCUCCAGAUGAAGAGGGUGCUUCACUGGACUCCGCGUGGGUACAAGAAAUUCAAAAAGGCGUGAGAUCUCAGACGGAUCGGUUGGAACACGAGCUUCGUGGAUACAAGAACAAUUUGAUUAAGGAAAGCAUUCGGAUGGGCAAUGAGGACCUAGGCAACCACUACUAUGAGACUGGUGAUUUAAUUGCUGCAUCAAAGGCAUACACUCGCAUGCGUGAACAUUGCACAACCCCCAGCCACGUUAGCUCUAUGCUCUUUAAGCUCAUCGGCGUCUCCAUUGAACGUGGUGACUGGCUCACUGCGCAGUCUUACGUGCACCGGCUACGCAAUGCUCAAUCCAAACCCGAGGAUCUGGCCCAGAACCAGCCUAAAAUGUCCGUCGCACUGGGUUUGGCUCAAAUGAGCCAAGGCUCAUAUCUCGAGGCUGCGAACUCCUUCCUCUCCGUAUCCGCCAGCCUGGGUGAUACGUAUCAGGAUGUGAUUAGUCCCAACGAUGUCGCCGUUUAUGGCGGUCUCUGUGCUCUGGCCUCCAUGGACCGCACCGAAUUGCAGCUUCGGGUGCUGGAUAACACCUCCUUCCGUCCUUUCCUUGAACUUGAACCCCACAUCCGCCGUGCCAUCACUUUCUUCUGCAACUCUAAAUUCCGCCCGUGCAUUGAAAUCUUAGAAGCUUAUCGCGCCGACUACCUUCUUGAUAUUCAUCUCCAGCCCCACGUCUCCGCAAUUUACACUCAGAUCCGCGUCAAGGCUAUUCAUCAGUAUCUUGUCCCUUUCAGCAAGGCUACCCUUGACUCCAUGGCGGCCACUUUUGCUCCCAAUGAAGUGGGCCAGCGCAUCGGACUCGAGUCUCCCUUCUUGCAGGAACUCAUCCGGCUCAUUCAGGAUGAUGUUCUCGAUGUCCGUAUCGAUCUUGAGCAUGGCUUGCUGGUCCGAAACCAGCACGACCUGCGAGCCGAAAUGCAGACGGAGGCCUUGGAACAGGUGAAAGCUUUCAACGAAGAACUUCAUUGGCGCAUGAUGGCGGCUGCUGUCGUUAACGCUGGAUUACAAGUUCCGGCGCCCCCUCCUGCAGAGCGGGGCUGGCGGCCUGACUCGAAUGAUCCCCGAUUUCCUCCCCCUGGCUCCGGUUAA